AUGUAUCGCAACACCCUAUUCAAAGAACUGAGAAAGCCCCGGUUUGCAGCCGUUAAACCGCGUUCUCUGCGUUUUUCAAGACCCCUAAGAUGUUUCCACGCCAGUACAGCACUUUGGAACGAACUCAAAGACCCAUAUUCCACAUUGGGAGUGGGAAAAACCGCUAGUUCUUCUGAUAUCAAAAAAGCUUACUACAAACUGGCUAAGAAAUACCAUCCGGACAUCAAUAAAGCUAAUGAUGCUCAGCAAAAAUUCCACGAUUUACAAAAUGCCUAUGAAAUUCUAUCCGAUGACUCCAAAAGACAGCAAUGGGACCAGUACGGACCUGCUGCAUUCUCACAAGGUGGAGCUGGUGGUGCAGGUGGUGCUGAAGGGUUCGGCGGCUUCGGAGGUUUUGGAGGCGCUGGAGGCUUCGGUGGUGCGCAGGGUUUCGGUGGUAGCGGCGGCUUUGGGGGAAUCAAUUUUGAAGAUUUGUUUGGCGCAGCUUUUGGUGGUGGUGGUGGUGGCGGUGCAGGUGGCUCUGCACGCGGCCGCUCCAUGUACCGCGAGUAUCAAGGAAGCCCUGUGGAAGUUGUGCAUCGCAUGAACUUCAAGGAUUCAGUUUUUGGUGUUAAAAAUGUUAACCUCAAGUACAGUGCAUAUGAUCCUUGCAAAACCUGCGACGGUUCGGGAAUGAAACCCGGUGCCUCCAGAACGACGUGUCCUGUCUGCUCCGGUACUGGGACUCGUGUACACGUACGUGCAGGUUUUCAAAUGGCAUCCACUUGUGACAACUGUGGCGGAGAAGGAUCAGUAAUUAAGAAUUCCGACACAUGCUCCUCUUGUCACGGAGAGGGUGCCACAAUGAACAAGAAUCAUGAAUUGAAAGUCGACUUCCCGCACGGCUUGCAGGAUGGUGACGUCAUUCGCAUCAGUGGCCAAGGGUCAUAUCCAAACAUGCAGGUUGACCCAGCCAUGAAGGACACCAUUCGUUUGUCUCGAGGUGACCUCCUAGUACGCAUUCGCGUGGACAAAGAUUCCCGCUACCAAAUAAAAAACAAGUACGAUAUCUGGUUCACACUGGACAUUCCAAUCACUACGGCAGCCCUUGGCGGUGUUGUUACAAUUCCUACAGUGGAAGGCGAACAAAUCAGACUGAAGGUUGCAGCGGGUACCCAGCAUAAUGACGUGGUCUCUAUCCCACAGAAAGGUGUACCCAGGGGAGCGUUUGGGUCUCGCGGAGAUAUGAAGAUCCAAUAUAGAGUGGUUAUUAAAAAACCCCAGUCGCAAGCAGAAAAAUGUUUAUGGGAAGCACUCGCAGAUGUCACAGGCGACACAAAAGCCAAGAGAUCUGUUUUGAAUUCGUCAGAAACUUUCAAGGUCAAAGAGCAAUCAGACAGUCACUCAGCAGGAAACUCAAAUCCAGAUACUCCCACCGCUUUGGGCAAAUUAGAAGAUUUUAUUUCUAAUACCUUUAAGAAGAUAAAAGGUGACAAGAAAUAA